UUGCUUGACGCCUGUUUACUUUCUACAUGAGCGUAUAAGAAAAUAACGUUUUGACGCUCUUUCUUCCGUUGAAAUCACUGGAAAGGACUGCCAAGAAUAGAGGAAUGUCUUCUUAUUUCCAUAACUGAGCUGUCAUUGCAAAAAACUGGAAGAAGUAUUGAAAAAAAUGAUUUGAAAGGUUGACUUUGCGUUACCAUGUUGUGCUUGUYAUUCUCUAGAAGUUUCUUCUUCGAGCAAGUCGGAAAUAAAGACGUUUAUGAACGGUGUUAGACGUGAACAGAACCAUCUUCUACUUCGUUGGGCAAACAUAUCAGUUAAGUUACAGCGGAAUUCAUCUAUUAUUUAUCCAGAAUAGCGCACUUUAACAUAUUACUUGGAUUCUUUCAUGGCGGCGAGUGAAGGCAMGGAAUUAUCUGAGUAAUUAAAAGAUUAUGAAGAACUCUACAAAAGAUAAACUGGUGUCAGAAAAAAGUUGCUAAGUUGYGGUGAUUUUUAGCUUGGUGUGAAUACUCCAGCCAACCAAAUAGCCUUCAACAUCGUAAUAUUUUGUACAAAAACUAUAUUGUAUGUACAUUAAAUUUAAAGUCAUAAAUUCAAGAGCACACCUAGAUUGAUAACAUUGAGAAAAGAUGCCUCCUAGACAGCCUCCUCAUGUGGUGUGCUAUAUCUGUGGCCGGCUUUAUGGAACUAGCAGUGUUUCAAUUCACAUUCCAAAAUGCCUAGAAAAAUGGAAAGCAGAGAAUAGGCAACUCCCGAAGCACAUGCGCAGACCUGUCCCUAGAAAACCCCAAGGAUGGGGYGUAGGGGAGAUGUCAAGUAACUUAGAAGCAAUGAAUGAAAUGGCCUUCCAAUCCUCACAGAUGCAACUACUACCUUGUGAGUUUUGUGGACGGACUUUUAAUCCUGAUAGACUUGCUGUUCACCAACGUAGUUGUAGACCAAACAAUACCUCUAAGCCUUCAAAGAAUUUUGAUCCUUCUAAAUUACGAUCAAAUAGCCCUGGUUCAAGAGGAUAUAGAAGUCCCAGUCCAAAGAUGCCUGUAAAACCAAGGACUGUUGUCUGCUAUAUAUGUGGACGGGAAUUUGGCACCAAAUCUAUCAACAUUCAUGAACCCCAGUGUUUGAAGAAAUGGGAAUUAGAAAACAGUCAGCUUCCAAAACAUAUGAGAAGACCCUAUCCAGUUAAACCACAGAUUCUACCCAGCUUGGGACCUGAUGGUGGCAUGGAUUUGGAAAGAAGGAAUCAACURGCAUUUGAAUCUUCUAAAGGCCAGCUCUUGCCCUGCCCAAAUUGUGGAAGGACAUUUCURCCUGACAGGCUAGAGGUCCAUUUGCGCUCAUGCCGACCAUCGUCCAAAAGUAUGCCAGUAAACACAGGCUCUAGGCUGUCUCCACGUAACUCCAGCACAAACCUUGGAUCAGCAUCAAACAGAAUGGGAGUACCRAGGGAAGAAACGUUUACACGUGAAAGAGUAUCUAGUGGAAGUCCUGGCUUAAGAUCUGGAGAUGGUCAGAAAUUCAGCAAAACUCAACCUGCAAGACAAGCGUCAGGCAAAAGAUCAUCACCCAAGUCAUUUGCCAAGAAAGCCAGUUCUUCAACACGCCCCCCUGCAAGAUUGUCACCUCUUUCUAAUCAGGGCUCCCCACAGGCAAGCCCUAAACGCCAAMCACUUGGUAGUUAUAACAAGGUCGACAGCAGUCAGUAUGGUCAGUAUGGCACCUCUCYGGCAGGGAACUAUCCAGAUGGACCAUCAGAAGGUUCUGAACAAAAUGUWAACCUUGUCCCCUGCUCAAACUGUGGCCGCAACUUUGCCUCAGACAGGAUUUCAAAGCACAUGUCAAUUUGUGYCAAGACUAGUUCAAAGCAGCGAAAAGUUUUUGAUGCUACUAAAGCAAGAACACAAGGGACCGAAGCAGCUUCAUAUGCAAGAAUCAAGAAACCAGAACCACCUAAACCAAAGAAUAAUUGGAGAGCUAAACAUGAGGACUUYAUCCGAUCCAUCCGUGAUGCCAGAAAAGUAAAGCAACAUCUUGAUAAAGGAGGCAAGUUAUCAGACCUACCACCCCCACCCCCCAGUGAAAACCCUGACUAUGUCUUGUGCAGGUUUUGUCAACGAAGGUUUAACCCAAUAGUUGCAGAGCGGCACAUUCCAAAGUGCCAAAAUACUGUUAACAGACCUUCKCCUCCAAAACAACGAGCUAUACCUCUGGGUGGUACUAGGAAUACCGGUGUGGGUGGUAAACCAAACAGUCCUCGCUUUAGCUGUGGAGCAAUGAUGAGGAAAUACAAGUGAUUACCGGUGCUAGACAUUUGAAGAACAUGUUUGUUGGCUACUGACACUAUCAACAUUUUAUCAACAAGCAACCAAUACACAGUUCUGACACUCCACUCAUCACACUUUCCAACACCCCACUGUCUACCUACUGACAAGUAACACUACGGACAACCUUCUGACAUCCUACUGACACUCCAGUGCAAGCCUUCCAAUACCCCACUGUCUACCUACUGACAAGUAACACUACGGACAACCUUCUGACAUCGUACUGACACCCCAGUGCAAGCCUUCCAACACCCCACUGUCUCCCUACCGACAAGUUACACCCUACUGACAACCUUCUGACGCCCCAGUGCAAGCCUUCCAACACCCUACUAUCUACCUACUGACAAGUAACAUCCUACUGACAACCAACCAAACAACACCCUACUGUCAAACAUACCUACCAUUACCUACCGACAAAAACUUGAGGGUCUAUUCUUUGUCAUAACAUAUUUAYCUUUAGUUAACUAGAGCUUAAAAAUAUGAUCAGUUUGCCUAGUAAAAGUACAGCAGCAAUGUUUAUGGCUUCCUGAUAACGAACUUUGAUCUCAUAGUGCAUAAUCAUUCCCAUGAGAAUAAAAAUCUUUGUUUAACCCUAUAUGACUUCAACUAAGCGCUUGAAUGCCAGGCUACGCAGGGUAAAUCUAUCCUACCAGUCAACAUGGCUGUUGCAUGAGAAAGGUUCAUCGGCACUGACUAUAAAAUAGAUUUUAUUCCUUGUUGUAGAAAUUGCUGAUGUUUUAAAAUUCCUGAUGGUCAGGAGCUAAAAUAAAAUACAAUUUAUUUUUUUCAAA